UUCUCUCAAAUGUCAAACUUGUUAGUGUUGUCGGUUCGUCGUUUCCUUACUUUCUCGGAGUUAAAUAGUUUUAAGAACUUUUUGCUUAAAAAUCAAAUGGGGACGUUCGUGCAAAAUCUGAAUCCGAUAACUGGUCGCUCUGAGUGGGAGGCUCGUUGCGAUGACUACGACUAUCAUCAAGAAGUCGCCCGUUCAGCGUUCGCCGACAUGCUUCACGAUACGGAGCGCAACAAGAAAUAUUUCGCGGCAUUACAGAAAACAAUCAAAAAACUCCACGAAAAUGGAAUUAAAGCUAAUGUACUGGACAUUGGGACGGGAACUGGACUCCUUUCAAUGAUGGCCGUGAAGUCGGGAGCCGACUCGGUGACUACUUGUGAGGCAUUCCUGCCCAUGGCGAAUUGUGCGGAAAAAGUGAUUGGCGCCAACGGUAUGAGUGAAAAAAUCAAACUCAUUAAGAAGCGAUCGACGGAACUUAAAGUCGGACCUGGUUGCGAUAUGGAGGAGCGAGCGAAUGUUCUCGUCACAGAGGUCUUCGAUACAGAGUUGAUAGGGGAGGGAGCGAUCGAAAUAUUCAACCAUGCCCACCGCUACUUGCUGACCGAGGAUUGUGUCGUUAUCCCAAGCAAAGCGACGAUUUACGCACAAGUUGUUGAGAGUCCUUUCGUGCAAUCAUGGAACAAACCAAGACUUAUAGCGAAUUUAGACGCAGACAUCCUCCUGAAAGUUCCCAAAGAAAUCCAAGAAUGUGAAGGCGAGUGUGCGGUGCAUGAUUUGCAGCUCAGUCAAAUACCACGCAACCAGUUCAAUCCACUUUCCAACCCACUUGAGGCUUUUGAAUUUAAUUUUACUGAUCCAGCUGGUGUUCCCAAAAAGCGUCGAUCAGCAAUUCCUUUCAAAUCAAACGGAAUGGGAGUGGCCCAAGCAGUUUUCUUUUGGUGGGACAUCAAAAUGGACCAGGAAGGCGAGAUUGUUCUAAGUUGUGCUCCUUAUUGGGCCCACCCGGAUUUCGAGAGCCUUUUGAAAUCCCAGAAAGAUGGCGAAAAUAUUCCCAAACAGAAUGUUAUUCCCUGGCGCGACCACUGGACCCAAGCUAUCUACUAUCUCCCCAAGCCAUUGACUAUUUCGAGCACCUCCGAAUCAUGUCUCGUCGCCUAUCACGAUGACUACUCUUUCUGGUUCGAUGCCAGAAAUUCCCAGGAAAGUAACAUCACAAUCCCAAGACUCAGCUGUACGUGCGCAUUCCAUCUGGCUUACUCCAGAACCCGAAUCGGCCAGCUUAACUAUACACCGCGAACUAAAAAGUACAUGAGCCUCCUCGAAGACAUCAUCACACCAAAUUCAGUGGUUCUUUCCAUGAGCGAUGGAUCACUGUUAGGACUUUGCACAAGGCCUCUUGGGGCGAGCAAGGUUCUCUGCUUAGAGCCAAAUAAACUAUCGCGCAACGUCUUAGAGAGUUAUGUAAAUGCAAACGGGCUGACUAAUGUCACCGUUUUGAAAUCGUUAGACGAACUUGAAAAUCCACUGGAAAUCACCCACGUGAUAGGCGAACCAUAUUUCGUUACAUCGAUAUUGCCUUGGGAUAAUUUCUACUUCGGUGCAGCGCUUAUGAAAAUUAGGGAGAAACUAAGACAGGAUGUGUGCAUUGUACCGGGAAAGGCCAAGAUCUACGCGAUCGCCGUUGAGUUUUUGGAUUUGUUCAAAAUACGCGCCCCCCUUGGAGAAUGCGAGGGCUUUAAGCACGACGUUUUUGAUAGUUUCGUGGAGAAUUCCUCACUUCUGGCAGACACAAACGUGGAAGCUCAACCUCUUUGGGAGUAUCCAUGCAAAGCAUUAUCCCAAAAAGUGGAUCUUCUCACGGUUGAUUUUAGCUCUUUCCACCAAUCGAUAGACAACUCCGGAACGCUACACGUUGAAGGCUCAGGCACCGUUAACGGCAUAGCACUUUGGGUCGAUUGGAGCUUGGAUGGCAGCGACAAAGAAAGGCGGAACGUUACUACCGGACCAGUACUAGCUCCUGAAAUCGGAAACUAUAUUUCAUGGGAUUUGUACACUAGACAAGGUGUACAUUUACUUCACACACCAAAAGCUGUGAAAGGGGGUGAACAAAUUAGUUGGGAUGUUAAAUUUAUUCCAAACGCUGGUGAUAUACGUUUUAAGUUCAAUUUAGAGUAGUUUAAGGACUUCCAAGAAUAAUUGUUUCUGAAAAGAUGAAAUAUACAUACACAUAUGUAUUA